CAUCGCAGCUGGCCGGGCGCCGUAAGGAGUGGCACUUUUUAAAAGUGGAGCCGAAGGCCAGCCCCUAGCCUCAGCGUGUCUCAGUCCGUUGCCGCGUCUCUUCUGUCCCAGCCGUGCGUGCCUCUUGUCCCACGCAAGUCCAGUUUGCACCAUGCCGGUCAAAGGGGGUAGCAAGUGCAUCAAAUACUUACUCUUCGGAUUUAACUUCAUCUUCUGGCUUGCUGGAAUUGCAGUGCUUGCCAUUGGACUAUGGCUCCGAUUCGACUCUCAGACCAAGAGCAUCUUUGAGCAAGAAUCUAAUCAUUCCAGUUUCUACACAGGAGUGUACAUUCUGAUUGGAGCUGGGGCCCUCAUGAUGCUGGUGGGUUUCCUGGGCUGCUGUGGAGCUGUGCAAGAGUCCCAGUGCAUGCUGGGAUUGUUCUUCGGAUUCCUCUUGGUGAUAUUCGCCAUUGAGAUAGCUGCAGCCGUCUGGGGCUACACCCACAAGGAUGAGGUGAUUAAGGAAGUCCAGGAAUUUUACAAGGACACCUACCAAAAGCUGAAGAACAAGGAUGAGCCCCAGCGGGAAACACUCAAAGCCAUCCACAUGGCGUUGAACUGCUGUGGCGUACUGGGCGGCGUGGAACAGUUUAUCUCGGACACUUGCCCCAAAAAGCAACUUUUUGAAUCCAUCCAGGUUAAGUCCUGCCCAGAAGCCAUCAAUGACGUCUUCAACAGCAAGUUCCACAUCAUUGGAGCCGUGGGCAUCGGCAUUGCCGUGGUGAUGAUCUUCGGCAUGAUUUUCAGCAUGAUCCUGUGCUGUGCCAUCCGCAGGAGCCGAGAAAUGGUCUAGAGUCUGCCCCGACCCCGAGCAGGAACGAUGGCCCCUGAACACUGUCGCCUGGGCUGUUUGGAUUUUUGCCACUAACAGUAGUAUUUACCAUGCAUUUCUAAACAAAAGUCAUUCUGUGUUUGUCUUUUUAAUGCUCUGUUCAUCACUGACAUUUGUAGUCGAGGGAUUUGGGGGUUCAAUUUGAUUUUUUUUUUUGGUUGUUUAUUUUUUGCUUGUUAUGUUAAACGAAAAAUCCUGCAAUGAAAGGUACUAUAUUUGCCAGACUCUAGACAGAAGAUAUUGUACAUAAAGAGAAUUUUUUUGCCUUUAAAUAUAUAAAAGUAUCUAUCAGAUUUAAUCAGGUUGUAAGUUAUAUUGAAGACAAUUUGAUACAUAAUAAAAGAUUAUAACAAUGUCUAGGA